AUGAUUGUCAAAUAAAAGUCUCCACCAAGAUCAAAAUCAUAAAAGAAAUAUAAAUAAUUUAUAAUAUUUAGUCCCUUAGAAUCAUAUACAAAAAUUCAAAUACAAUUCUAUGCUAGAAAAUAUUUAUUAAUGAUUAUUUCAAAGAAUUAUGAUGAACCACAAAUAAGAUAGGAAUUUAAAUUUGAAAAUUAUAGAAUUUUUCUUAAAUUGGUCCUUUUGAAAGGAUAGGUCUGUAUCCUAAUUAGCAUAAUAUAUUUAAAAGUGAUAUAGAAAUUGUUACUGUAUAAACACAUUUUUUUAUUAUUUAAAUUUAGACAAUUUAAACUAUUUAUACUUUUUUAAAAUAUUGAUAGUAUUUAGUAAUCAUUUUCUACCAAAAAUAAAUUUUAUUUUUCUAAACCUAUCAAAAGACAUACUAUUAAUUAAUUUACUAAAUGA